AUGACAGAAAACAAAAAAAAAAGAUUUUUGUUUCAGAGAAGUAACCCUUCAUCUGCCAAUGCUGCUCACCCCACUCCAUUCACCAGUAUCACUCAGCCCUCCAUUUACCUGUGCUGUUUGAACCUCCAUCCACCUGUGCCGCUCAACCUGCCAAUCAUCGUGUCACUUGGCCCUUUGUCCACACAUGCUGCUCUCCAACCACCUGUGUCACUUGGCCCUCUAACCACCUGUGCCGCUCGGCCCUCCAACCCCUCGUGCCGCUCGGCCCUCCAACCCCUCGUGCCGCUCGGCCCUCCAACCAUCCGUGCCGCUCGGCCCUCCAACCACCCGUGCCGCUCGGCCCUCCAACCACCCGUGCCGCUCGGCCCUCCAACCACCCGUGCCGCUCGGCCCUCCAACCACCCGUGCCGCUCGGCCCUCCAACCACCUUCUUCUUUCCUAACAACAGACAUGCAUAAAGAUCAAAAUCAAGGUCCCGUUUAA